AUGGUCUUCGGGAAGUUCACGCUAAAAGAUCCUUACGUGGUCGGUGGCGGAGACAUCAUGGGUCCCGUGCUAUCAAACAUCGAAGGCCUUGUUCGUAUGCCUUACGGAUGUGGGGAGCAGAACAUGCUAAACUUCGUCCCGAAUAUCGUCGUGUUACGGUAUCUGAAAGCUACUAACCGAGCUGAGCCUACCAUCGAGGCGAAAGCAGUAAAGUUCAUGGAGGCUGGAUAUCAGCGAGAACUCACCUACAGGCGCAACGACAAUUCAUUCUCAGCCUUUGGCGAAAGCGAUAAGUUCGGAUCCACGUGGUUGACCGCGUUUGUUGUUCGAUCGUUCGCUCAGGCUCGCGCAUACAUUUUUGUCGACCCUACCGUACUCACAAAAAGCAUUGCAUUCCUUAACGGACAACAAAUGGAAACCGGCGCAUUUGCUGAGCAUGGCGAAGUUCAUCACAAGGAUAUGCAAGGAGGAGCCAGUGAAGGAGGCAUCGGCCUGACGGCGUAUGUCGUCGUGGCGCUACUUGAGAAUGGGAUUCGCAACGACAAUGAUGCCUAUGCUCUUGCGGUGACUGCCUAUGCGCUACGAUUGGCAAAUAGCGACAAGAAGAAGGAUGCACUUGCAGCCCUGGAGAAGUUGCAGAUCGUCGACAAAGGUGUCGAUAAAUCAAAAGACACCACGCAGUACUUCUACCAACCACGACCUGUAGAUGUGGAGACGACCGGCUACGUGCUGCUCAACUACAUGCUGGAUGGUGACACUGAAAAG